CCGAUAAGAUUGAAAAUUGCACAUAUGCAGAACGUGUACGGUAUACAUAUUCUGAAUAUUUUGUGAACCUAGUGUUGUAUAUAUCAGUAAUUUUUGCUACGUUUGAAUACUAUUGAUAACUGCCGCGAUCUUGUUGACAAGAUUACAAGCAGUCUCUUGUGCGUACUUAUUUAAUUUCUUAUCGUGCACGAAAGACAUAAUCAACACGCUAGACAUGUCCGCAGUGAUUCACGAUAAGUGAAGUUCUCGUAUAAGUAGCACGAUAAUUACUUUCAUCUUGCAAUUAAUUUGCUUUAUACUCCUUAAUGAUUGAUAAUAAAAACUGUAGCGUCGUAUAUCUUGUUUUACUGUCUCUAACGCGAACAUAUGUCAGCUGUCACAUCAAAUGAUUCAAUAUUAUAAUACAUUUGUCGUAUUUGUGAAAGCAGUAUUAGCAGAAGCAAGAAUGAAGUUGACAUGAAGUUAAUAUUUUGUAAUGCUACUUCUUGUAACUGUCCGUUACGGUACAAUUGUACAAUCAUAUUAGUGAGAUGACAAUUGUAUAUAAUUAAACUACACAAAAGAAGAGUAAUCGUUAAAUGUUAAACUGUGAGUUUAUUAAUUAUGGCAACUGUAGGAGAAAUGCAACUUUCCCAAAUGGGAAAUGAACCCAUGGAUAACUUGUAUCUUGCAUUAAUACAAUGCUUUGCUAUUAUAUUAUGCGGAUAUAUUGCUGGAAGAUUCGAUAUCAUCACAAGAAUAGAAGGAAAUGGCUUGAACACCUUUGUAGGAACAUUUGCUCUACCAUCCUUAAUUUUCACAUCAUUAGCAAAACUUGACUUCUCUUUAGUAAAUUGGAAAUUCUUACUCGCGGUUCUGCUAGCAAAGAGUUGCAUUUUUGUUGUUGUUCUUGCUGUAUCUCUAGCUAUUAAAAGACCCUCCAAUCCAGGUUGUGCUGCACUGUUUGCAAUAUUUACCACUCAGAGUAACGAUUUUGCUAUAGGUUAUCCUAUGAUUGCUGCAUUGUAUGGAAAAGUACACCCCGAAUAUGCUGCAUACCUUUAUCUAAUGGCACCUAUAUCGUUAGCUAUUUUGAACCCAAUUGGUUUUGUAUUAUUGGAAAUUGGCAAGCGCCAGAAUGAAGAGCAUAGAAACUACAAAAAUAUGAUUUACUCUAUAAUGAAGGGGAUUGUAUUAAAUCCAAUACUUCUCAUGACUGUACUUGGAAUAGUGGGAAAUCUUAUUUUCAGUCAUGUAAUACCGUGUGUACUUGCUACUGUUUUAGAUGUAUUUGGCAAUGCAUUCUCUGCUAGUGCACUUUUUCUGCUUGGUUUAAUGAUGGUUGGGAAAGUGCACAAUUUGAAGGGCACUGCUUUGGUUAUACCAAGCAUAUUGAUAUCUGUGAAACUGUUGGUGCUUCCAUUGGUCAUAAGAGAAUCUAUUAUUUUGUUGGAUGCUGGAGAGAAUGUUACAGACACCCAAGACCUGAGUACAUACGGGUUUUUGUACGGAACUAUACCAACAGCUCCAGCUUUAUUCAUUUUCACUCUUCGAUACAAUCUUGAAACUGACUUGAUAGCAUCAGCAAUGGUUGCUUGUACAUUUAUUUCUGCACCACUUAUGUUUGUGUCAGCGAAAUUAAUUGAUGCAGUUUCUGCUGGAGUUACACCAGUAAAUUAUGUACAUCAUCUGAAUGUAUUCUCCUUCGAUGUGAGCAUUGCUUCAAUAAUAGUUUGCAUAUGGUUGAUAAUUUGUUUUGUAGGAUUGAAAAGAAAGAAGUAUAAAUGUGUUACUCAUCGAUGCACAUUGUGCAUUGUAGUUGCACAGCUAGCCACAGCUAUAGGUGUGAUCAUCUGGACCAAACUUGACGAACAUAGCAAUGGGUCACUCUUAUGGUACAUCCAAUUCAUUUUAAUAACCACUGGUGUUUACGCAUGUCGCAUGUGGACAAUGGCCAUAGCAGCAACCUUAUUGUACCUAAGUUCUCGUUCUUUGAACUUUGUCAAGAACAUGCAGAAAUGGUUUUUUCCUGUUGCAUGGGGGAUUCCACUUUUAAUAGCAAUUACAUUGUGUAGCACAUUAAGUCCAAAGCAAAUAGUAGUUGACUUCAGGAACCCUAACUUUCAACUUGGUAGAACCCAAGCUGCCACAUCUACGCUCGUGUUAAUAUUUUGUUUUAUAGUGACCUUGGGGUGUUUGAUUCUACAACAGAGAUACCAGCGUCAACACGUCUCAGCGUCUUACAGAAAUUUAACAGGCAAUAUAGAAAAUUCCGCAGAUGACAGUACCGAAAGACGCGUAGUAGACGUCGAGGAUUUAGUUUCGCCUACCUCCAGCACCCCAAUUAUUGGCUGUGAAUAUUCGGAAAGCUGUCCGAAUGGCGUAUGCAGAGGUAACAAUAACGAAAUUAAUGACUGCGAUUUGUAUCUGCUGAACGAACGCGACGCAGCAGACGAUCCGCAAAUACUUCGACAUCUAGUAUUUCUCAUUUUGCUUCUAUGCUCUAUGUUUAUUGGCUUAUCUAUAUCGAUUGGGACACUAAUUAUGGAACAAUUGACGGGAGUUUACGCGGAACUGACAUUCUUGGACGUUGCUUUGAACUUUGGCCAAUCAUUAAUCGCAUUUGCUAUCUUCGGCUUGGACCCUGGCCUAGGGAAACUGGGCUGCUGGUUCAGAAAAAUGUGCCGGGAAUGGCGUGUCGGGAAAGAAUUGCAGUUACCACAUGAAGAUGAGCUAAGCACAGAGGUAAAGAUGAUCCGGGAACAAUUCAACCGAUGCCACUUAGCCGAGUGUCGAGCUCGUAUUGCCUUCUGUCGCAGGCGCAUGUUAAAGAUGUACAAAGGUGUUUUCACCGGAACUGAUUUAGUUAAUUGGCUACUCGAAGCUGGCAUUGCACAAGAUAGAAAUGAAGCAGUUCGAUACGGUCGUAGCUUGUUAGAUAGCAGAGUAUUACAACAUAUUGAUGGUACUUCUCACUUCAAUGAUGAGAAUAUUCUUUACAUUUUUAACGCCUAAAGCCAAAUAGGUUUCAUGAAUUUUAGAUUCAUUUCAGUAGUUCCAUUUUGAAAUUAAUUUAUUUAUUUUUUAGAAUGUUAUAUGAUGUAAAAUAUUUUUAUAAUAUUUAUUUUUGUCUUAGACGCAGAUUUAAUAAUUCAUUGCGAGUACGUACAUGUGAGAUUAUUUAGUUCCUUUCGUUAUCGAACAAAUUAAUUUACUGUAGCAAUUUUUACAUAUCUACGAAGGAAUUUCUAUGUUGUAUGUUGUGCAUAUAUACACAUUUAUAUAUACGUUUGUUGAAUCCUCUUGUAUGAAAUUCGAGGGUGUAUUUUGAUCUCGUGUAACAAUUAUAUCUGUCAUAUAUAUUUUAUUAUAAAAUCAGA